UUCUGCCUCUCUUGCGAAGAUAAAUACCCGCAUUGAGUCUGGUGAGAAGCAGAUCAGUCGCACAGUCUGUAACAUGAAAUUUAUUCUUCUUGCCGUGUUUGCCUGCGUGGCUGCUGCCGCCCCUCAGGGAUAUGAAGCCCCUGCACGUUCUCGCUCUGACUCCGACGAAGUGCCCAUCCUGAGGGACGACCGCGUGAUCGAUGACGACGGAAGGUACAACUUCGACGUGGAGACAGGAGACGGCAUCGUGGUGUCAGAGUCCGGUGGUCCCAGCGCCGAUGGAGGCAUCAACAGCGCCGGUUCUUACUCCUACACCGCUCCUGACGGCACUCCCGUGCACGUGGAGUUCGUGGCUGACGAGAACGGCUUCCAGCCCCAGUCCGACCUCCUGCCCGUGGCUCCCGAGUUCCCCCACCCGAUCCCCGACUUCGUCCUCGACCAGAUCGCCUUCGCCGCCGAGGAGGACGCUCGCAGGGCCAAGGAACCCUCCAACAGAUACGGCGCCCCUUAGUUAGAUUGUGUAAUGUUGUGUAGAUAGUACAGUGAUGUUCUGUUGUUGAAGAUGUACUUGCUCUUUCUAUUUAAUCAUCGAUGAAAAUAAAUGAUACAAUAUUA